AUAUACAUUUAGUUCCAUCACUAAUUCUCGUCAAAAACAAAAAAUUAGUUUGUGUUGCAGGUCGUCUGUUUAUUUUUAAAAAAUGAGCGAUCCAAACGUACCAAGAGGAGCGCUAAGCUUGCAGAAUGUGCUCAAAUAUACGGUGCAACAUCAUGAUGAAAAUGCCGAGCCAAAAUUGAAUGAAGCACCAGAUGUUGAGAGAAAGGAAUUCUUGGCAAAUGCACUGAAUGCCAUGACAACAGAUGCUACAGCGGCUCUGAAAGCAGCUUUGCUCAUACUGAAUAGUGACGAAGCCAGCACAGAAGACCAAAUCGAAAGUCUAGAUGCCAUAAGGAGCUACAUUGACGAUAUAGAUAAUGCCAUCACCCUGGUAAAAUUGGGGGGAACCGCAACUUUACUUCGCUAUAUAAAGGAUUCAGAUAGUGAAGUACGAGUCUCGGCACUCAAUACAGUUGCUGAAGUGGCACAAAAUAAUGUAUUUUGUCAAAAUGCCCUCAUAAACGAUAAGUUUCUGCCUGUUCUCACAAAAAAUUUGAGCAAUGCCAAUCAAGAAAUCGUACGGAGUUCCAUUUAUGCGAUAUCAUCGUUGGUACGAAACUUUCAGCCGGGAUAUAAUGAGUUCAAGCGAAUAAAGGGUAUCAGUGCCUUGAUACCCUGUCUGAAGUCCACGAACUCAAAUGUCUACAUAAAGGCUGCAUUCCUUAUUGCAUCUUUAACGUCGGGCGACAAGUCGGUGAGAGAUGACUUUGUGAAAGCAGAGGUAUUUCCUGUGCUGGUGGAAAACCUAAAACCCAUCGAAGAAUUCGAUGUCAAGCAAGAAACUACCCUGUUUGCACUAUCGUCCCUUUCGUUGGAAUCUGAUUUAAAACUUUCCACAGAGAAACGCAAUGAAAUCUUGUCCACUCUCCAGCUUAUUAUUUCCAAAAACAAACAGACGGAAAAUUGCGAAGAAAUGGUUAACUAUGCAAGAAAUAUAGUGGACAACUUAAAUGCACGUUGAGCGUUAAAAGAAAUAAAUUUUACACGUUAAUAGGAAGCUGAAUAAAAACUUUUGACAAA